CGCAUUGAAUAGUAUUAUAGCGGGAGACGACAAGCAGCACUCACAGGCGGUAGCCAAAUUAGCCAUGGUGGAUACAGCUAGAGAGUUUCUCCAGAAUAUCACUGCCGGCGAACUAGCCGAUCGCGUGUCGCAGCUACGCUUCGCGCCGCAUAAACCUCAUGCGGAGCCCAGCUUCUACGAGUAUUCAAUCCUCCGAGGUGUCCGCCUCGACUCGGUCCGACUCGAUUCAACACUUUACUGCUCUUUCACUGUCCCCGCUCGUCUCACCGAUAGAAAUGGAAAGUUGAGUGCGGGGGCGAUUGCGUCAUUGGUUGAUGAAAUCGGUGCAGCGGCGAUCCAUAAGUGUGGCAAACCCAUGGAUGUUUCGGUAGACAUGUCGAUCUCCUAUAUUUCCGAUGCUAAGAUGAAUGACGAAUUGGAGAUUACCUCUCGUUGUUUAGGCCAGCGUGGUAACUACCAUAGCACAGGCGUGCUCAUACGUAACAGGACAACUGGAGAGGUUGUUGCUCAAGGCCGCCAUUCCUUAUUUAGUUUACCUGUCACUGCCAGCAAACUGUGAGACUGCUUAACUCAGUUGGGUUAGAAAUGCGUCCAAUAAAUACAUGUUAAGUUUGUUUCAUCAUGAAUCUCGUCAUUGUUUAUACAAAUAUGUACAUAUAUGUGUAUGGGGAUAUACUAAAUAAGUCCAAAUUCCACGAUACCGAACGGGGGCCUUAGAGAAAUCGAUUGUUUUAAAGUAGUUUGAAGUUA